AUGGGGGUCCUUGAGAGCACUGAAACAAAGCAGUGGCAUGUGAACUACACCCCUUUUGAGGAACCAGAGUAUAUUAGACUGGUAAAUGGAGCCAAUGUGUGUUCUGGAAGAGUGGAGGUUUUAUAUAAUAAUCAAUGGGGAACCGUCUGUGAUGCUGGCUGGGAUAUAACUGAUGCUACAGUGGUGUGUAAUAGCACUGGUUGUGGGACUCCUAUAUCAGCAACAACUGGGGCUUCCUUUGGGCAAGGUUCAGGACCCGUGUGGCUGGAUGAAGUGAGUUGUUCUGGGAAUGAGCCAACAGUAAAAAACUGUUCAUCAAAUCCAUUGGGAUCAAGCAGCUGUACCCAUGGACAAGAUGCUGGAGUCAUUUGUCGAGAUGUAAAGCUGGUGAAUGGUUCAAGUCAAUGUGAUGGCAGACUUCAGGUGCUUUAUAAUAAUCGCUGGGGUGCUGUGUGUUACGCUGGCUGGGGUCCAGAAGAGGCUGCAGUUGUUUGUAAAGAGCUGGGCUGUGGUCAAGUUAUUCAAACAAAUUCCUAUCUGGCUCCAUCUAAUGAGCCCAUAUGGAUGAAUAAUGUUACAUGUAUUGGAAAUGAAUCAACAGUGCGUGACUGUCCAUUUGGUGGAUGGGGUGCGAGCAACAGUUGUAAGAAUGGACUUUACGCAGGAGUUGUUUGCAGCAGUAUUAAACUGGUAAAUGGAGAUGAUAUGUGUUCUGGAAGAGUGGAGAUUUUAUAUAAUAAUCAAUGGGGAACCGUCUGUGAUGCUGGCUGGGAUUUAGCAGAUGCUGCAGUGGUGUGUAAGAGCAUGGGUUGUGGGACUCCAAUAGAAGUAAAGACCGGGGCUUACUUUGGGCAGGGUUUAGGACACGUGUGGCUUGAUAAUGUGAAUUGUUCUGGGAAAGAGCUAUCAGUAAAAAAUUGUCCAUCAAAGAAGUUAGGAACAAGCACCUGUGGUCAUGAACAAGAUGCUGGAGUCGUCUGUCGUGCUCUAAAGGUGGUAAAUGGUUCGAGUUCAUGUGAUGGCAAACUUCAGGUUCUUUAUAAUGAUCACUGGGGUGCAGUUUGUCACACUGGCAUGGGUCGGGAAGAAGCAACAGUUGCAUGUAGUGGGAUUGGCUGUGGUGAAGUUCCAGGGCUACAGUCAUAUAUGGCUUCAAAUUAUGGGCCAAUAUGGAUGGAUAAUGUUAUAUGUACUGGAAAAGAGUUGACACUGCAUGACUGUUCAUUUACUGGAUGGGGUGUGAGCAGUUGUGUGGAUGGACAUUUUGCAGGAGUUGCUUGCAUCAGUAAGAUCAUUUUUAAAAUUAAUGUAUUAUGAAUGAGGUUUCUAAUUCAAGUAUCUCCAUUUUCAAUGCUUUUUUCAUAUAUGAAACUAAUCAAUCAUGUUUUGAUAAGCCAUUCUUGAAAAAGUCCCUUUUAAUUUUACAGAUUUUGUGAGAAAAAAUGUGGUAAAGAUUAUAAUUUCAACUGAGGCUGACAUUGAUGUCAACGACCCUAAUAUCAAGAAGAUGUUAAUGGACAAGAUAACCGCAGUGGUAAAAAGUAAAGGAGAUUAUUUAGCUAAAUGGAGAAAACAGCAUAACGGGAUGGUAUUUCAAGAAAUAAUACCAGAAACUUUCUAAACGCAGGACAGAAAGCAGACAACUAAUUAUUACAAUAUUAUAGUAAUCUUUUUAUGUUCACUUUUGCUUCACUGUCUGUACCUCAUACAGAUGCAUUGCUUUAUAAAUACUAAAUAUGGUACAAAAUAAAUUUAAAUGCAUAACGGUUCUAAUGCAGAAUCAGGAAGGGAGAGAUUCAAAAGCAUUAAAAGCAUCAGCUUUGAUCUAUAAGAUCUUAGUUAUAACAUAGAAAGCAUUUGGAAAAUUUUGUUUCCCUUGUGUCUCUGAUGUUUCUUCUGAGAAAAUGUCUUUUCUGAAAUCUCACAAAUGUCUUUAUUAGGGUUUUAGAAGAGUUCUCAACAGUGUCACAAAUUGAGAUUUGCCAUGUCUGGUGUCAAUAUUAUUGAAGAUUUAAAAAUAAACUAUUUUUUAUAGCUUAAAAUUCCACAUUUUAACAUUGUUCCACAUUGUUUCUAUUGUUUAUUUCUCUUAAGAAAUUUUGGGAGAAACAUUUUAAAUAAAGUUACUUAAAUAAAACACAACUAAGAACUCCAUCAAAUCUUCUGAGCUGUGAAAGGGCAACCAUAACAUUUUGUUUCAUUCCAACCUGGCUAUACAAAUGGAUGUUUUUAUUAUAAACAGAUGCAAUUGCAGUUAUAUGUUGAAAGCUUAUUUUGUGCUGAUUUUUUAAACUAGGGUAUAUGCUACAAAAAAUUCUGCCUUUUUCAAUCUAGACACGAUUCUUAUAAAAGCAUCUGCAGAAAGCAAACAUGCAUGUUUCUAAAAUCACAACAGCCUUUUAAUCUUAAAGUCUUUGAAUUAGUUAAACAAGAGCACUUGGCUAUUACUUUUAGUAGACAUUAAUAUAAUGUUUAAUUUUACCAACUUAAUAUUAACAACUUCUUUUGAUAAUGUUGAACAUUAUUAAUUUAUGGUCUUUAAUAACUUUGUUUUACUGUGUACAGUAAUAUUGUGGGAAUCGUCUGUACAUGUAUGUGCAUU